AUGGAUGUCCUUGCCCUUGACGACCCCCGGGUGGUUCACAAGCAGCUCCAGGUCGAAGAUGAUAUUACAUACCAUUAUAUGAUGGCAAGCCCAGAUUGCACACCAAGCGCCACCGUUCUACUCUUGCACGGCUGGCCGGAUCUCGCAAUAGGCUGGCGCUACCAGAUUCCCUUCCUUCUCCGGCAAGGCAUUCAAGUCAUCGCGCCCGACCUCCUCGGCUAUGGCAAAACCUCCGCGCCAACCGAGAUAGCAGCGUACACGCUCAAGCGCAUGUCCGCACACAUCGCACAGAUCAUCCGCGCCGAAAUAGACUUGCCCGUCAUUCUCGGCGGCCACGACUGGGGUUCGUACCUUGCCUGGCGUCUAGCGCUAUACUCGCCAGAGCUGGUCAAGGGGAUCUUCUCGUUCACCGUGCCCUACUUCCCGCCAACGCCUGUUGUCGUGACGCUCGAGGAAUUUGUCCAGGCAAACCCUUCCUUCCAGUACCAGCUGCAGCUGGCAAGUCCCGUUGCAGAGGAGGUGGUUGACCGGUCGGAGGCGCAUCUCCGGGGCUUUGUGAGGAGUUCCUUUGGCGGGGCCACGCCCGAGGGACUGCCUGGCUUUGAUCCUGCAUUUGGUCUAGUUGAGGAGAGGUUGCUAGAGGUUGGGCCAUCGCCGCUUGUGAGCGAGGAGUUGAUUGAGCAUUAUGAGUAUUCGCGACAUGGCGCCAACGGCCCCAUCAACUGGUACCGCACACGAACCCUCAACGGCGAAGACGAAAUCCCCCUAGCGGAGUCGAACCAGCAGCUCCUUGUGCCUGCCAUGAUUAUCAUGGCGGGGCAGGACCAGGCUUUACCCCCGAGCAUGUUGGAUGGUCAGGAAGCGUUCUUCCCGGCGGGGUUAACGACGGGGGUCAUUAACGAGGCGUCGCACUGGGCGCUGAUUCAUACUCCUGUGGAGGCCAAUAAGUACAUUGGGGACUUUUUGGACGUGGUACUGCAGCGGAAGACAGGGUGA